AUCCAGACGUGACAGUAAGCAGAAAUCAAAAUCAUGACUAAUUAUCCUGGGAUGUGCUUAGUGUUCUGCUUUGCAAUAUUUGGAUUGGGUUCUGCCAUCCGCUGUGUCAAAUGCAAUGAUUACACAGGGAGCUGCACAAAUACACAGGACUGCAGUAAUGAUGAUGCCUGCCUGACACUGACUGAGACAGGGGGACAGACGACUCGGCAGUGCAUCAAGUACUCUGACUGCGACUUCAAUCGAUUGGCCCAGAUGUUCCCAUCUGUACCAAAGUUCACCUUCGAUUGUUGCACCAGUGACCUAUGCAACGGAGCCACAUCCAUUGGCACUGGCAAGCCCUUGCUGGGCCUUCUUGCCUCAUUGGCAGUGAUGUGGUGGUGUAUGCAGUAACCUCUCCUCACACUUAUGUCUUAGAAGCUCUAAUGCUGCCAUUCGACUCAACAGAAGCCACUGAUGGAAUGGCAAGCAGGAAGAUAUGGGCUAAUGGCUCAUGCUGAAAUUCUGCUGUAUUUGCCUGACUUACUGCUGCACAUUUGCAAUAUUGAAUUUGACUCUUUGCACUUAAUUGGAUUUUUAAAGCUUUCUAUGAUAACCUAUUUGUUGAUUACCAAUGCUUUGUGCUUCAGCCCAAGGGCUGAAAAUAGGAAACGUGCUCACAGAUGAUGAGUUUGGAAAAGGUAUAUCAUUCAAACAAUCCUAUUUUGAGGCUUGUAAAAUAGACUAACAAUUUCCAUCUAAGGGGGUUUGCUCAGAAUUAUGACCAAGUAUUGCUCCAAUAGGUUGUCUAUAGUUUGCUGACCAAAGUUACUAUAAUGUGUUUAAAUGUAAAGGAUAAUUUGAGAUGUUUUUUCUGAUUGAGUGGACAAAGUAUUGUAUCAUUAAAAAUGCAAACACUGUAGAAUUCAUGUGGAAAUGAAGUAAAUGUUGAUCAUUUUGGGAGACAUUUGUUCACAAACAAUGCCUAUACUGCUUAGUGGCUUACCCUGGCACAUAACAUUGCUUUCCCUGUUUUAUAGGCAUCUGUUAAACCAAGCUGUCCUUUUAAAGGGCACAGUAUAGACCUAUUAGGAUUCAAUAUUUCAGUUUUUAAAUCUCUGGACAAUAAAUAAAAUAUUACCAAAAAGCCA